AUGAUCAAGAAGAACCCUGACCACCUGUUCAACCUGCAAAAGAAGGAUGAUGAAUCCCUCCGAGAUUACAUCAAGAGGUUCAAAGCAGAAAGGGCAAACAUCAUUGGAUGUGACGAUCGAAUUGCGUCAUCGGCCUUCAAGAGGGGCUUGCCAAUUGAGUGUGAGCUGUAUCGCGAGCUCACCAUCUCUCCUUGCCAAACACUAGUAGAAGUCUUCGCGACAGCAAAGCGCUAUGCACUUUGGGACGAUGACUGGACCGCCGCAAAGAAAGCUGCCGAUCAACCGGUUGAGCCGGCAAGCCAAAGAAACGACAUGAUAAAAGACAAGGAUGGGGGCAAGCGCGGAUUACAGCCUCAGGGAGGUGCUCCAACAGCUGAGAGCUAUACCAAGUUCACUAUUCUGAUACGGCAGAUCCUAGCCCAAGUAAAGAACAUGCUUUGGUUGAAGAAACCAUCGCCUUUGAAGGGAAACCCAUCCAAGAAGGAUACCAGUAGAUACUGCGAAUUCCAUGAAAGGCACGGUCAUUACACAAAUGAUUGCUUCGCCUGGAAAAAGCACCUCGAAGAACUGGUCGAAGAUGGCCAUUGCACGGAAUUCGUCGCAAGUAGGGCUAUCCAGAAAAUCAAAGAUCGUGAGGCAGGUGCCAAUGAACCUCCACGAAAAAAGUCAUACGGAUCAGCACGAUCCUAG